AUACUGGGAAUCCCCCUUGGAGGGUCCCCUUCAUAGGUUGUGGUAAGCACACGAGCAAUGGUGGUGGGACAAAACACAGUAAGCGGAAGGUAUUGUGAAUCUGAAUUCACGUCCGGAUUUCACGAAGUCGGCGGUGACAUCGCUGGAUUUCGACCAAGGCUGGAACUGUCACUUUCACUAGAGCAUAGGUUUGGCUUCUUGAUCUGUGAUAUGCCGGUAUUGCUGUCGGGAAGAUCCGCUGUUAUGAGCUAACAUGGAAACCAAACCAUUCCUUUCUUUUGGCUUCCUCAAGAGCCAGUGCUCGGUAGCCCCACCUCCUCAGCGAUGGUACCCGGGGGAGACGGGCGGCUCGCCCACAGCAUGCUUGUGCUUCACAGGCAUUUGCCCACUUCACCAGCACAGGAGACCCACAGACCCCUCCGGUCAGCUGUCCUCACCAUCGCUCCGCUCACACCACGCCCAUAGGGGAAUGGGUGCUCACCGAUUGCACCCAUCUCUGCUCAUCCCAUCGUCUGUGAGCUCCUCAGGACCUCCACACUCACCCAUCUGCACCCUGACCUCGCCCAUCACCAGCCUGGCUUUGCCCUUUUCUGUCAGCAGCCGUCCAGCGGGACACCACUCUACCUCCUCCAGCAUGGACUUCAGCCCGCAGCUCAGCUUCCCAGUGAUCCCCAGUAGCAGCAUCAUUAUCAGCACAGAGGACAUCAAACCCCCACUGGGCCAAAACAGAGUGCUAAAGGUUCCUGCUCAGCCCACAUGCACCUGUCUCUCCUUUAACAAACACAUCUGUGCCAUCUGUGGAGACCGCGCCUCAGGUAAACACUAUGGAGUAUAUAGCUGUGAAGGUUGCAAGGGCUUCUUCAAGAGAACAGUGAGGAAAGAGCUGACGUAUACCUGUCGAGACAACAAGGACUGUCUGAUUGACAAGCGCCAACGCAACCGAUGUCAGUACUGCCGCUACCAGAAGUGUCUGGCCAUGGGCAUGAAGAGAGAAGCUGUGCAGGACGAGCGCCAGAGAGCCAAGGAGAGGUGCGAGAGUGAGGCGGACUCGUUAGGUUGUGCUAAUGAAGACAUGCCUGUGGAGAGGAUAGAGGAGGCGGAGCUCGCUGUGGAGCUAAAGACCAAGACAUGCAUCAAGGGGAGCCUGGGCGUGCCCACCAACUCACCCAACGACCCUGUGACCAAUAUAUGCCAGGCAACAGACAAGCAGCUCUUUAACUUGGUGGAGUGGGCCAAGAUGAUCCCCCACUUCUCAGAGCUGGCCCUGGACGACCAGGUCAUCCUCCUGCGUGCAGGGUGGAAUGAGCUCCUCAUAGCUUCUUUCUCCCAUCGCUCCAUCACUGUGAACGACAGCAUUCUGCUGGCAAACGGACUCCAACUGCAUCGCAACAGCGCCCACAGUGCAGGGGUGGGGUCCAUCUUUGACAGAGUGCUGACUGAGCUUGUGUCGAAAAUGCGAGACAUGCAGAUGGACAAGUCUGAGUUAGGGUGCCUUCGAGCCAUCGUUCUCUUCAACCCAGACACAAAAGGCUUGUCAAACCCAGGGGAGGUUGAGGCUCUCAGAGAAGGGGUGUAUGCUUCACUGGAGGCAUACUGUAAACACAAAUACCCCGGCCAACCAGGAAGAUUUGCCAAACUGUUACUUCGAUUGCCAGCCCUACGUUCCAUUGGCCUCAGGUUUCUGGAGCACCGGUUCUUCUUCAAACUGAUAGGGGAUACACCCGUUGACACAUUCCUCACGGAAAUGUUGGAAGCUCCACGCCAAAUGACGAAACAGCACUGCAGUUGAACACUGUCUGUCCAAUACUUGCAUCAAAACGGAGAGAACUAGUAAUUUGCCUGAUUGACAGACUGUAAGUUUGAACACAAGAACUAGUGGACAGCAAACCUAUGGCUUUGUUUCAUUCUUCUUCAUGUGCUUCUCCACCUGCAUUGCUUGCUGUUUGGGGUUUUAGGCUGGGUUUCUGUACAGCACUUUGAGAUAUCAGCUGAUGUACGAAGGGCUAUAUAAAUAAAUUUGAUUUUGAUUUUGAUUUGAUGUACAGUAGAUGUAUUUAUCAUUAGUUUUGUGUCAAAGUGAAAUGUCUUGAAGGGCCAGAGUCUGCAACAACCCAAAGCAUGAGACCUUUUUCACAAUGAAUGAUAAUGUCUUCUCGCUUCAGAUUCAACACUGAACAUUGUCAUAACAGAUCAAGACUCCGUGCCACAAACCAGCGACCUCAUCAUCCUCCUGCCUUAGACAGGUCUACCUCUUGUAGUCAUUCUCAUAUUCUGUGAUAAUAACAACAUGGUCCGGCCAAACUCGUUGUCUAGGAUGAUCUCCUGUUAUACAUGUAACCCCCACCUCAGGCUCUCGUAGUUGGUCUUCUCCUCCUUAAUGAAAAUGUUCUCAUGUGACUAUAUACGGCAGACGAGGGUAAUGCAUUUAAACUGGAACCCCUUGACAGGGAUAAUGGUUCAGGUAACUUCAGCUCAAGACCAAGGGUAUUUGUUCUACUCCCAGCGCUUAACCUUUUCAAGCAGAGAAUGGCUCCAGUCAGUAGCUCACUGUGAGGACAGAGGAGGCUGAUAGGAGGAGCUAUAGGAGGACGGGCUCUUUGUAGUGGCUGGAAUGGAAUAAAUGGAACGGUAUCAAACACAUCAACCAUAUAGAAACCUCAUGUUUGACUCCGUUCCAUUUACAUUCUAUUACAAUGAGCCCAUCCUCCUAUAGCUCAUCUCACCAGCCUCCACUGUAUGACUAGCAUGCAACUGUAGUGGGGAGGAUCAAUAAGGUCUUCACUAAUUCACAUAUCAACAAGAAGGUUUACUGGUGGGGGUACUGGAGGAAUGGAGUUGGGAACCCCUGGUGUAGGGGACUGUCUGUAAGUGACUCUCUGUAGUAUCUGAUAGAUAUAAUGCACACAUAAGGUCUCUGACGCCAACUGGUGCAUCACACAAAAGUAAUGCAACUGUCCAAGUACAUUAGGACAUGAGAAGAGAGCAGUGUUGUAAUUACUCAUUGCUACAAUGUGUUACAAUGUUACUUACAGCAGUAACCCUAUCCAUAACUUCUAAACCUAACCAAUCCUAUCGUAGGUUAUUCAAGUGUAAUACUGGGUAAGUGCAAUACAUGUUACACUGUAAUACCAGGAAUAAUUAGACUGUGAUAAGGGCACUGUAAUUUAAAUUCUAACCCAGCCCAUGCAUAACAGAAGACAGACAAGAGAAUAAUGAUUGAGGAGAUCAAAAGAUGGCAGAGAAUUGUAAAGAAUUGUUUCAGUCAGAAGUACAAUAUUCAGGUUGAGCAGCCAGGAAUAUUUUUGGAACCUCAUAUGUAUUUGAAUUGUAUUUAUUUGAACCUUUAUUGGAUCAGGGAGUCACGCUGAGACCAAGAGCCCUGAAUAACAGAAAUGACAGAAAUUCAAGCAGAAAGAAAAUACAGGUAUAACAAACAGUUCAUUUAGAAAUGAAAUAACCACCAAUCAAUGAACAAUAGCAGCAAACAUAUGCUGCAUCUCGUUCAACCACCUUUUUUUAAGCAGAUCUAUUAGUUCGUAUUUUAGCGUGAUCAUUGCUUACUGAGCCACUCAGGACUAGUGUAUUUUAGGAUGAACAAUAAUCUUGUUUUUUGUUUUUCCUCAUUUAAAACAUGGCAACAUGUCAUUUAAAGGGGAAAUCUACAUUCAUCUUUGGUAUUUAAAAAUAAUUAUAUAUAAACAUUGAAUAUUGAAGAAUAUGGGUUAUAAAUGUCUCAUGAGCUACGUUCAACUGUCUUACUCCACCAAACUGUUGUUUACUGGGAAGUAAACCAAGAACAAAUGUAGUACACUGUCUUUAUUUGACGUGUUCUGUUUAGAGAGCAUGUUAUCUUACCUGAGCAGAAAACUCUCUGCAGCCCUGGCUCCAUUUACACAUGCUGCUCCAGGCCAGACCAUGCUGUAGGCCAGACCAUGCUGUAGGCCAGACCAUGCUCCAGGCCAGACCAUGCUCCAGGCCAGACCAUGCUCUAGGCCAGUUAUAGCUGAUGUCACAUUUUGCAAUGCACCCAUGCACCAAUUCAACCCAAUGAACCCAUGAUGUCGAUUCCCCAAUGAUGUAUAGCUUUAAAUAAUGUGUUUACCAUGUCUUGUACAACUUGUUUGUUUUUAAAAUGUAAUACAAAUAUGAAUAGUAUUAGCUAUAAAGGUGGCAAGGUGUGUAUACACAAUUCUGAUGGCCUUCUCUGCUUGUGCAAAUAGGAAGUUUAUCAUCAGCUUGUACUUCACUGUUACUUAUUAAAGGUCUGGAAGCUUUUCAACAGUAAAACAUUUCUUAUGAUACUUAUUUAAACAGAGGACCCAAUCAUGUGUAGGGUACAGCCUCUGUCAGCACAGUGUCUAGGGUACACUGUUUAAAUAAGUAUCAUAAGAAAUGUUUUACUAUUGAAAAGCUAUAUGCCAACUAUCUGUAAUAUGCUAUGCGUAUGUGUGAUGCUGAGGGCAAUAUGUAGACUGUUAUGUUACAUGCAUACCUCUAGAGGGAGACAUUGCUAUUUUGCAAAGUGGCAUUGGCAAAACUCGUACAGGAGGAGCAUAGUGAAUUGGGGGAUAUCACAGCCAAGACAGCCAAAGACGUGGCACAUUUUUAAUAAGGCAUAUCCUGCUUUUCCGAAAGCUCAAAGCACUAAUAACUCUACCCCUAAUUAUUACUGAUUGAAUGUGACAUUAAUAUUUCUGCAAAACUCCUUAAAAAUGUUUUUGCUGAUCAUAAGUUACUGGUGUUGGCAGUCCAAUAAGCAGUUCUGCCAGUUCUGGUAGUCUGGAUUGAAUUUAGAGGUAAUGUUAAACCUGGCUCAGUCUCACUCAGGUUGAAGUGAUGUGUGUUGACAUGACUAAUCAUAUCCAUGGGAGUAUUUGUCUACGUUGCCCAAAGAAAAAGGUGAUUAGUGUUAUUUUUAAGUUGAUAAGGCUGUUAUGAAAUGGUGAUUGGGGAAGAGGCAAAGCAUCUUUGCAGAACAAUGUUGUGAAAGAAACCUAACUGUGACUUUGGUCAGCUCACUUAAUAUGACUGAGAAUGUUUAGCCGGAUUACCUCUCAAAGUCAAGAAUUUUGUUUGAGAGGACGACUAAAGACAUUUGCUCACAUUUCUAGUACAGUAGGUUGUGUAGUUCUUCUGUUUUAACCCUAACCACAACCAUACAGAGGAAAUACCGAAAUGUAACCCCUGAGGAUGUUGUGUCCUAGAAGUUAAGAGUUAGAGUUCAUUUCAUCAUUUUGGUGAGUGAAUGACAGCACUGACGUUGCCGCAAUUUCGGACAAUUUGAAUGACGUUUGCAGCAGCUUCUUGAAACGAUGCAUAAGAAAGAUUGACAGGUUGUGUUGACAGGACGUUUUUCAAAAUGUCAACCUGGCCGGUCCUAAUUCUGGAGUUUAUGCUGGGCAUAUUGUCUCAUGCCUCAUCGGCCGCCAUCUCUCUGGUCUCGUUGAUGUCCUCAUAGAGAGUUGGGCUGCGAUGUCUCUUUGAAUUAAGAGGAGCUAUAGGGAGCCCCUAACUAAUGUGCCAGUCUUUGUCAAGUUUCCUCAGUCCUCAUGGCUGUUUUCCCCCUCAGAGCUUCUUCACAAACAAAACAUCAUAGCCCAGGGUAAAGAGACGAAUAUCUGAUGUAUCUCUGCCGGGAUCCCCGGCUCUCUGACAUCCAGUCCCUCCUACAAUUAUCUGCUAAUUGACAGGCCCUAUCAGCCUGCUGGUGGCCACAGCUGACAAGUGUGAGAAGGCUGAGGUGAGGUGGUGGGGAAAUGCCACUCAUUGCAGGAUUAUCAGCGCAAAGGCCAACGACAUAGCAGUAAUCUGACCUGGCUGUAGCUAGCUGGUGGGACUCACUCUCUUUCCGGUGUAGCAGAUCUCACACACACACACCCUUGUUGCUUCUUCUUUCUCUGCCUCCACUGUCUGAUCAUUUCAUACUCCACAAUGACAUUUUGUGAUUAAUUAAGAUAGGUGUGAAAUUGGCUGAAGACCGAUACCCCAUCCUCUUAUUGCCCCCAUAACAUGUCUGGGAAAGACAGGGUCACCCUAUGCCCCACAAUACCCACUGUACACAUACACACACACACUUCAGGUCCCAUGGCUGUUGACUGUCCAGCCAGUGUGCCUGAGGCCUGCCUGUCCUGUCUGAAUCCUUCUCAGCAUUGUUAAGUUCAGCCUCAGUGUUCACGCGCUCUAUGAACUAAAAAGAGACGUCUGGCUAAGCCCAGACUGACCAUGCUGCUCUCACCUUCCUUUCCCCUGCCUCUGUACGGUAAGGAGAGUGUUGGGUAAACAGACGUCAUAUCAAGUCACAUUAGGUUAUGAUAACAUUAUUAUAUUGACCAACAGUUUCUAUUUGACUGUACAAUUCAAAACAAGUAGUUUCUUGUAGCACUUGAACUCUUGUUGAAAUGGACACUGAGAAUAGGCCUUGAUACUGAGAUGAUUACAGCUUACAGAUGAUUCCAAACCAUUUUUGUCUGCCAUUAUAAAUCAGCUUUAGAUGAUCAUCUUGUGUAAGUCUUGAUUAAACUUUUUCCUUUUAACAAUCUCACUAGCUCUUGAUAUUGCGUUUUUUCCUUUAAGACAUAAUCUUUAAAACCACUGAAAUAGAUAACCCUUAUAGUCAGCAGCCUGGUGUUCCAGCUAAGAUUUUACUGUCAACAUAGUAGAAACCGGCCCGUUAACUUCUGAAACCUUCUCUGGCAAAGCUCACUGUCCCCACCACCGCCAUCAAAAAGUCAUUUCCCUAUAGG